AUGACCGGCCUAGUUUCCUUUUCCGACCUUGAUGAAUGCAUUGAACGCCUUUACCGGCGCGAGCUUCUACCGGAGAUGACUAUUGAGGCGCUGUGCUCCAAAAUCAAAGAGCUCUUCAUUAAAGAGUCAAAUGUCAUCCAUAUAUCUGCCCCUGUUACAGUUGUUGGAGAUAUUCACGGCCAGUUUUACGAUCUUCUCGAGAUUUUCCGUAUUGGAGGCUACUGCCCUGACACAAACUAUCUUUUCCUCGGUGACUAUGUUGACCGGGGCCUUUUCUCUGUAGAAACAAUCUCUUUGCUCGUUUGUCUCAAGCUGCGUUACCCCACCCGCAUAUACUUGGUUCGCGGAAAUCACGAGUCUCGCGGCAUCACUCAUACUUACGGAUUCUACUCAGAGUGUGUUCGCAAAUACGGCUCGCCUGCAGUAUGGACUCACUUCACUGACAUGUUCGACUUCCUGACACUUUCAGUCGUUAUUGACAACUCCAUUUUCUGUGUCCACGGUGGUCUUUCGCCCACAAUCCACUCCAUUGAUCAGAUCAAGAUUAUUGACCGCUUCAAAGAAAUCCCCCAUGAAGGUCCUAUGGCCGACUUGGUGUGGUCGGACCCCGAUACAACCAAAACAGACUUCUCACUUUCCCCGCGCGGCGCUGGAUACACUUUUGGCAUUGAUAUUGUCAAAAAAUUCCUGUCCCGCAACAAUAUGUCCCACAUUCUACGUGCACACCAACUGUGUCAAGGCGGAUACGAAGUAGUUUUUGACGACAGACUGUCUACGGUGUGGUCUGCUCCAAACUACUGCUACCGCUGCGGCAACCUCGCGUCGGUGCUCGAGGUCAGCUCUAAUGGCGAGCGCUUUUUUAACGUCUUCAGUGCCGCCCCUGAAAAUGACGUUUCCCUUAAACUACUUGAGAGUGAGCACGACGCAAAUGAUCCAGAAGUUGCGGCCGUACUGCAGCCACAACCCGUGGAAUACUUCUUGUAG